AUGAGCAGUUCCCAGUUUCAGCUUUUCCCGCCUCCUGCCCCGCAGGGGGUCCCCAAAAACCCUUUCCGCAAGGGUCCCAGAAGGCCCUCGAUUGAUACCCAGUCAACGGUAUCCACGCCUUUGGAAGACGUCAAGGGGAAGGGUGCGGAAGCAAAGGCCGUGGUUUUCCAGAUCAUUGAGCCGAGCAGCAUCAAGCCUCCACCAGAAGCGAAUGUCCCUCCACCCCCGCCACGCUUGUUCACCCCCGAGCCAGUGGUAGGUCUGUCGACCGAGUCGCCAUCCCGAUCUAGUCCGCUGCCCGAACGGAGAGGCACUCCCUUGAGUGAGGUCAACCAGACAUCAAGCCGUACUGGCGGACAAAAUGGGGCAAACCUCCGACCUCACAGUCCUCCGCUGCCCUCGGUCUCUCCAGUCAUUCCCAUGAAGUCGAUAUUCCCUCAGUUCAACCCUACCGCACCUCUCAACCAACAACAGUACUGCAAUGGCGUCUCCAACAACUUCUCGCGACCACGAUACAGGCCCUCGCUUGAGAUCCAGACCACAGUACCAGAGAUUGACCGGGUGCUUGGGCCGAAGACCGUUCCAGCUGACGUCCAUGAUUUCCCAUCGGACGUCCUCGACCCUGUCGAGAUUCAGUACUCAACCUCUGCACAGCUCAAGAAUCUAUGGGACAUCACAAAUGGGCAGAAGCUUGCUGGCGCGUCGGGAAGUUUCAACCUUCGAAUGGAACGGCCCGAUCCCGCAACCUUCGUCUUCGGGGACCCUAAUUCACCAUUCUACACUAUGCAGACCUACUCCACGAACGAGUUGUCUCUCACUAGAGCAAACCCCUCGCUACCCAACAGCAACAUUCCCAUCAUGAUGUUCCAACUCGAAGAUCGUCGUCGUCGCGAACCCCCCAACGAUGGCCUUGUCUCCCAACUCUUCUCACGGCUCGCUGCCAUGCUUGCCAUCGACCAAGCGGCAGACCUAGCCAGACAACACCAGCUAUCACCUCCGGAUGCGGCAGAGGUUGAGGCAAACGCUCUAAAGAAAGCAGCCGCUCUAGAGUCUUGCAAGCUCUCAUGGAACGCGAUGAAACGUGUAUAUGAGUUGCGUCAUCCUUCGUUGAACCGACAGUAUCCGAGUCAGGAGCCUGAAACGGCCACGCCGCCGGCCCUAGUCGGCGCUGCUGGUAUUCCACUGUCUCCGAAAUCACAGCACCGCUCUGGUGCCUUGCACGUCACCGUCUCAACCCCAUCAGCCAACCGAGGACAAAGUCAAGCUCCGACAAUCCUCGUUACAGCUCCUCUUCCAGCUAAUACGCUCAAUGGCGCUGCUUCCGCAGUCGCCUCACCGCGCACAUCUACCCUCCCAUUCUCCGGGUCAGAGUCCGAAUCAGACGAGACUCUCGCCUCCCUCGACCUCCGCACAAUGACCCUGUCCAUCUGCACAUCUGCUAUCAACGAUGCCAUUCCCUCCUUAUAUGCCAUCGACUCUGUCGUUGCCGCGAUCCUCGCCGUCGCGGUUUCGGACACAGCCACAAAUCCCGUCCUGGGCGAUAUGCCGCUCUACGACCCGACAAGGCCCCAAAUACAACUUCCCACGCCACCGCAGCCUAUAUAUACAAACACCCGCCCAGCCCGACCAAAGCUCUUCGCAACACUCGCAGAACGCGACGACGCCGAGCCUAUUCAUCUCGACAUUGAGAUCCCAACACACACACGGACCCAGAUCCAGACUCCAAAAGAGCCCCGCAAGUGGUGGAUUUCCUUCCGCUCAAAGCUCACCCAGAUGCAAACGAAACGGCGCCUCAAAUCGAAGGGCAAAUCGAGCGCAAACUCCUCCCCAACUUCACCCGAGGAAUUCGACCUCGAGAAGUACGGCGUUAAGAUCUCCUCGACGGUGGAGAAACACGCCAAGAAGGAGGAGCUGCCCGGUCUUGCGCGCGGACUGGUUAAACUUUUUGUCUGGGGAAUUAAGCUGAUGUUUUGGGCAUUGACGGUUGCGUUCAAAGUCAUGGCGUGGGGAUUGAAGAAGGCGCUCGGGUAG